UUGAGCGCGAACGCAGCGGCAUCAGCGGGCCGCGAGAGAAUUAUUACGUGAACGCGACUAGCUUGUUCCGAUGCCGUCAGCGCAUAAUGUCCGAACAUUGAGUGUGAUUGUAAAUUGUACUAAUUGGGUAUGGCGGUCUUUACCAACAAAACAGUGCUUUCAUCAAUUACUACCCUAGUGGCAAUGUUAUACAACGAUCGAGCAUUCCUCUCCUACUAAAGAAAUCUGUGUUGCAAAUUAUUACUGUCAAACGUGAGUCUUUUGCUAGGACUGGAGCAUUAUGCACAUUGUCACAGUGUGUGUGAGAAGUGAUCACAAAUAGUGCGAAAGGGGUUUGGAAUAAUCUCACUUCAGUACUGCUACAGGUUCUCUGGAUUAUGGUUCGAAUAAGAAUUAGUAAUCAAAUUAUCAAAAAAACAUUCUUAUUAUGGAUCCUAUAUUAGAAAAUGAAGCUGCUCUGUCAGACUCCUCCUGUAGCAAAUAUGGAAAGUCAAGGCGCAAAAAGAAAAAGGGUCAACAUGAGGCGCAAAAUGAGAGUCAAACGGUUGUUGGUGAUAAGAAAAAAUUUGUUGUUACUACAUUAUCCACAUCGGAUGACCAAAAUGUUCCAUCUGAACGCUUACCACAAAGUAACGUGCACACUAUACACUUCGGGACACGUGGUGUUGAAUCGCAAAGGCCGCAUGUUAGAUCAAUUUUUAAGGAUAAGCCCGCUGAAACGUCCAGACCAUCCAGCGCUGAAAGAGAGACCUCAAGUAAGAAGGAAUAUGAAACAUUUCAUGGAACGUCCUCUAGUCCAAGAAGCUCUAUUUUUGAUAUAUUUAGGAUAAGAAGAAAGAGUGAUUCAAAGAAACACCAGUCGCUGAUACAGAAUGUGAAAGGUGCUAUAGCUGGUACAUCAAAAGAGUCUCCUGAAAACUCAAAAGCCGAACAAAGUUCUUUGGACCCUAAAGAGUCUCAUAAAAAGUAUUACUAUACGGUGACGGGAGCUUCUUCCCGAAAGUCUAGCCCAAUUACUAGGGUUAUGGAUAUUUUUAGAAGCAAACCAAACUCACAAUCUGAUCAAAGUGCGACAGAAACAACAAAAAAGAAGAAUACGAAACAAAUUCGUCGUUCCUCUAUAGGAACUACUUCUCCCACUUACCAUAAAAAUUCAUACGCAUCAUUAGAUCCUGUACAGGCAAAACAGUUAUUUAGAGAAGUUCGUGGGCUACCAAAAUAUGACCCAUACUUAUCUAUAGUUCAAAUAUCUUUAGGUGGAAGAGAUAAGACAAGGCUGCUCUUAAAUUUUUUUAAAUAUCAUAAAUGUUACGAGAUACUACCGAAAUCAGCAAAAGUCAUUAUAUUUGACACUCAAUUUCCGGUAAGAAAAACUUUUCCUACUCUCGUCUCUCAUGGCAUUCGAUCCGCUCCAUUGUGGGAUGCUAAUAAGAAGUUGCUCGUGGGAAUGAUAACAGUCACUGAUUUCAUUCGAAUUUUGUUACUUCAUGAAAAAGAAAAUUUGUCCAUGGAUGACUUUGAAAAACAUACGCUUCAUAACUGGCGUAAAAUCUUACGACCAACAAGGAAACCUUUAUGUAGUGUUAGCCCAGAUCAGUCUCUACACGAGGCUAUUAACCUGCUUAGUAAAAAUAGAGUUCACCGUCUUCUCAUGAUGGAUCCCUUAACUGGAGAUGUAUUGUAUAUUUUGUCUCAUAAAAGAAUAUUACGAUUCUUGUUUGUAUACCUAAAUGAAUUUCCUGAAUUAACAUUUUUUCACAAGAAUAUGAUGGACUUAAAUAUAGGAACAUAUGAAGAAAUUAUAUCUGUCACCGAUAAUACGUCUGUUCAAGAAGCUUUUCAGCUACUAUUAGAAAAAGAUAUUUCAGCUUUGCCUAUUUUGGAUGAAAAUGGAGUACUCAUCGAUGUCUAUGCUAAAUAUGAAGUACUAAAUUUAGUAAGUGAAAAAUUAUAUUUAAAUUUAUCUGUAACAAUAGGCGAGGUACGAAACAAAAAGAAAGACUGGGAAGAGAAGCUUCAAAAAUGUCUUUCAAGUAUUACUUUAUACGAGGCCUUAGAAAUAAUAGUUAGAACUGAAAGUCAUCGACUAUUAUUAGUAAAUAAGGAUGAUAAGCUUGUAGGUAUAGUUUCAUUGUCAGAUAUUUUAGUUUACCUUAACAGAGUUAUUCCUACUGAGAAAAAGGUUUCAUCUCUACAAGAAAUAUUUCGCCCCUUGGAGGUAAAUAAAGUUCCUGAAUCCUUAAAAGAGAGUGAAAAUGAGGUAAUUACGAUUACAGUACCUAAUAUCCUAGCACAAAAUGUACCUGAGGCUAUCGAAGUGGCAUGUGAAUCAAAUAGUUCUACUAAAAAUAAUGUUACAGAGACAGUUACGAAUAAUUUGGAGACUGAAGUAGAAGAAACUAGUCCAACAAUUGAACCAGAAACUGUUGAUACUAACGAAUCAUUAGAAGAAGUACCACAAUCUCAAUAAAGUUUAAAUUUUAAAAUGUAAUAACUGUAGGUUAUUCCUUAAUAAUUCCAAAGAUAUAAAAUAGAUAAAACUAGUGUAUCUCAAUUAUGCUUUCUGCUUUUAAACCAUGAUAUUGCAACUUAACUUAUUAAUUAACUUAAAGUUUGUUAAAAGUAGUGUCAACAUCACGUGAAUGCCUUAUUUAUUUAAUCCAAUAAAAUAUAUCGCUGAAACUCAAUAAAAUAUUUUAGCAGUGUUGUUUAUUUUCAAUAACAGUGAA